CUGCUGCUCGCGGCGUACUGUCAGAACACACUACCUGCGAUUGGUCGGCGGACAUCUCGGCCGAUGUCGUACUACUAGGAGAUGACCGGGUCAUGGAUCACCUACCGGAUGACGUGCUGCUCAUGGCGAUGCAGUACCUCGACGUGCCCGACCUCCUGGCCUGCCGCAUCGUGUGCAAGCGUCUCGGGGACCUUGCUCUGCACCCGGAUGUGUGGCGACGCCGGCGUCUCUCCCACACGGACCCGUGGGUGUGUCCGGCGCUGCGACUGGCGCCGUGCCUGGGUGAGGUGCACCUCAAGCUACCGGCCGCGGGGCGCCACUCGUUGUACACGGCGACCAGGUGCGCCGUUGCCGCGCUCAGGCUGACGGCCCUGGUGGUCCGCGGACAGGAGGCCCUCGGUCGGCUCAAGCGGCUCCACCUGGACCUCGGUUUCUACGGGCGCUUAGACCCCUCCGUCUCGGUCCUGCUCGCGACGGUGGCGUCCUCGGCCGGUCUGCAGACGCUCGUGGUCCCGGUAGCCCCGCACUGCGCAGCCUUCAUAGCCAGCCUCCACGUAUCGACGGCAUCGGCGCACGCGUCGUCGCUGCAGCACUUCCGCUGCGGACUCGGGCGGCACCUGGAGCCCUUCAUCAACUGCAUGCUGACGGUGCACACCUCGACCCUCCGGGUGGUCGAGCUCGUCAACCCCGACUUCAUCGCUCCGCGCUCGGCGGCCACGGCGCCCCUGCUCGCCGGCGUGACGAACCUCUGCAAGCUGGAGUGUGGCCUGGUCCCGGGGCUGCAGGCCGCGUUGGCGUGCGGGUCGCUCAGCGAGGUCACCCUCUGGGUCAGAGGGGAGAUGCCAGACUACGUCGCGGACGCCAAAAUGUUCCUGCGCGGCGCCCACCAGCUGCGCGCCCUGCAGUACCGGGACGUGGUGAAUGCGCCCGCCAACGUCGGCCUCAGCUUGGUCCUGGCCCUGACAGGACAGCCCGACCGGUCUCAGUUAGCGUCACUAGUGGUCGACAACGAUGGUGACUUCGAGGACUCUCAGUUGGAGCCGUUGUACGAAGCUUUACCCUCACUGCCAGCCCUGCGCCAUAUAGAGAUGAACGGAGAGGUGUACGUACGGGGUCAUGCCAAACCGCAUUACCCGAGAGAGGGCGCCGUCCCUGCGGACUCUCAGGCUGCUGCCAGCCAUGGGGCGGCGCCCUAGUUGCACCCACGGCUGUCUGCAUUCCCCCAGCGUCAAGUUAUUCCUGCAGAGGAACGACCCUGCGCUCGAGCUGCACCUCUACGCGCCCUACUACUGCGAAACCACUAACCCAUGCUUUCACUGCCACAAGCGUUGCCAUCGGGAACUUCCGGAUGACGUUUGGGAGAAGGAGAGUACAAACCUCCCCUAUGCGAAGCUCCCGGGGUACCUAUGGAACAAUGUCAAUCGACUUAUACAAUCAGGAAACAGUUCAGUUGAUUUAGUGUCUGAUGCUUUACCGGAAUUUAUCUCUUGACUCUGAUGAUACCUUAAAAACUUUUGACUAAACAUAAAGAAUAUAUAAGUAACUUUAAGGUGUCAGCUAGCUUUUACUCUCGAUAAGGACAGAGAACCAAGCGCAUGACAUCACCCAAAUGUAUAGGGGGCGAGAAGAUGUCCGCUGGUCGCGCCCGCCGUUCCCAACAAUAAGUAGCCAACAAUACUGAGCCGCACGGAUGCCGGCCGCUCUGUCCGCCGCCCCCUAUCUCAUCCACUAUGCCAUGCCGCUAGUCCGGCGAAUUGCAGGACAGCAAGUAACAAACAGCCAUAAACAAAUGACAGCAAAAUAUGAGAGAAAAUUAGGACAAGGACAUAUCCUUAAAUUUGUAUCAUUUGCUUUCACGAUACGUCCCUCGACGUAGCCUUUUUUCAUAUUCAAUAUCGGUAAAUAGGUGAAGCUCGGCGCCUGCGAUGCUCAGGGUAGGCCAGCCCGCAGUACACCCAUGCACUGCAAGCGAUAUGUUGCCUACGUAAGAGGCGCUAUGAGAGCUUGCUUAGACAAACUUUGCAGGUUCGUAACUUAACGGCGAAUGACAGACGUACUCUGUGGAUAAUCCUUAAACUGCCUAUUACGGCCACCCUGGGCGCUUCGGUCAAUAGAGUAGUGUAGACUACGGUUUCAACUACAGUUGAAACUACAUUUUGAGAGUGGUCGUCAAAAAAUGUGUAAUCUGAAAACGAUGUAAUCUGAGGACUCUGCGACAUUAGAUACUUUUCACACAUUGUCAA